AUGGUUAGCACUAGUGCCAUGCAAAAUCUGCCAGAACACUCAUUUAUUCAUUUAACAAUUUCCCUCCAGAAGUUCCAACAGAAGGCUCUGAAACAAACUAAGCAGAAGAAAUCCAAGUCGUCUGACUUUCUGAUGGCUGAGCUUUGCUCGAUGACAAAAGAUGAGAAAGUUCCGACUGAAGGCUAUGAAAACCCAGCUUUUACUGGUAUUUCAACACAUCAGACUUACAAGGUGGGACUUAUUAGACAUGACAAGCUGACUAGCAGUCUAGGAGCUCACCAACAAAAACUCAGGUUGCGAGCCCAAGCUGAUCCAAGAGGAAAUGAAUGCAGCAGAAAUUACUUUGACCCUCUGAUGGAUGAGGAAAUAAACCCAAGGCAGUGUGGGAUGGAGGUCAGCAAAGAAGCACUUACGAAGUCAGACGAGAGAUUCCUGUAUGACAAACUGGUGCAGUUUCUAGAUGAAGAAAAAAAAAUGAUGGUGUCACGUGAAAUGAAGGUUGAAGAGAGAGAUGAUGAAGAUACUUUGGAUUCUGCACGGCCUGUCAGCUGCAGUAAGACCUCUGAUCUUUGUGAUGAAGUUGCAGAUGAAGACAUUCUCCCUUACAUUCAGCAGUUUGAGAAAGAAGUUCAUGAUGAAGUUAUUCUCCUUGGCAAUUUUCCAUUCAAACAGGUCAGAGUGGAGUAUCAAUAGUCUGAUUCAUGAUUUGCUUCAUAACUGGUUUUACCUUUUUACAUCUGACAUAGCCAAAGUGAUUUUAAGGUCUCUUCCACUUGACAUUUGAACAAUUGGGGAUCUAGAACCUCCAUGCAGUUCCUGGCAGCCUUGAGCAUGGCUCCCAAACACAUCCACCAAAGUGUAAUUUUUUAAGGAAUGGAAAGAGGAAAUUACUAAAUACAUAGGGAUUGUUCAUAUUAACUUUACUGUUUUAGUCAAAUACCUGUAUUGUAGUCUUACCUACUUCUUUGUCAUGGUGCUCCCUAAACCUUGGAAAUAACUCUUGUUUUUUGCCCAAAGAAACAAGGAAGGGAAGGCAGGCAC